AUGGAUCGCUACAUACCAAUGCCACAGCACCAACAUCAGCCCAGUCUGAAACCCCUCAAAAAACGAGGUCGAAAACCAGGCGUGCACAGCAGCGUAGUCCAACGCAACGCUGCGAACGCCAGGGAACGCUCUCGGAUGCGUGUGCUGUCGACAGCUUUUGUUGAACUCAAAAGCGUUCUUCCGUGGGUCCCGAAGGACACUAAACUCUCCAAGCUGGAUACACUCAAACUUGCCUCUGGGUAUAUCACUUACUUGAAGCAAAUUCUCGAUGCGCCGGAGGAGGGCACUCAGACUCUUCACACCGACUCCCUCCUAGGGACAGUUUUCAAGGGCUCGGCACCCAAAGCAGUGGUGGUUGGUGGAGGCGAUUCGCCACUACAAAGACCACCUGUGAAAAAGACACUAGUGGAGUUUCCUUGCUUAGAAGCCCCAACGACCCAGCCAAAUGUGAGUUCCAGUUUAAAAAAGAGUGUUACCACGAUGACGAAAACCGUGGAUUGCCCGACAUACAUAUAA